UAAUUCCUUCAAGUUCUUCGAUCUUCCCGGUAACCAAACAGACCCUAUCCACUAGAGAAAACAGAAUAGAAAAGUGAAAAAUAUGCAUAAAAUUCAUACUCUAAAUAUACUUUAUAUCUGUUAAAAGCCUGAAAAGGAAAAUACAAAUCUUUUCCAGUUGUUUUCUGUUCGGUCGGUGGGAUUCUUUCAUUCAUUCAAUUUAAUUCUCUUUUUCUUACCUUCAUCUGUUGGGGAUCGAUAUCUCUUUCUAGGGCUUCCUUUUUUGGGGAAAAAAAGGACGGAAAUCGCAAAGUGUGAAAAGAAAUGAUAUUUUUUUGUUGAAAUGAAGAAGCGGCAAUGAAGAGAGAAGAAGAGGAAUGGAGGUUAGAUCAGAGAAUAAUAUACAAGUGAGGUGCGACAAGAUUCCUUGUCAACUGAUUCCUAGGACUCGUCUUCAGGUCUGGUUCUUUAGAGUUUGUUCCAGCAUUUUGCUUUGGACUUGUUUGAUUCAGCUCCUUGCCGUCUGUGAGUUAUGGCACCCGCGUUUGCUUACUGGUUUAACCAAUCGGAUUCCCUGGACCUCUCGCCCUCCUCUUCGUCUUCAACACUCGCUCCAUUCCCCGCCUCCUCUUCCUCCCCCCAGAAACUAUAGAAGUAAUGGUUUUCUCAAAGUUUCAUGCAAUGGGGGCUUGAAUCAAAUGCGUGCUGCGAUCUGUGACAUGGUAAUCGUUGCUCGACUUUUAAAUCUCACUUUGGUUGUUCCAGAACUUGAUAAGACAUCAUUCUGGGCGGACCCUAGUGAUUUUGGUGACAUUUUUGAUGUGAGCCAUUUCAUUGAUUCUCUAAGGGAUGAAGUUCGGAUUAUCAAAAGGCUGCCAAAGAAGUUUAGUAGGAAAUAUGGGUUUCAAGCUUUUCGGAUGUCUCCUGUUAGCUGGUCAAAUGAAAAGUACUACUUAGAACAGAUUCUUCCCCUGUUCAGUAAGCAUAAGGUAGUGCACUUCAAUCGAACUGAUACACGACUGGCAAAUAAUGGGAUUCAACUUGAUCUUCAGAAACUUAGGUGCCGUGUGAAUUUCCAAGGACUGAAAUUUACUCCUGAGAUUGAGACAUUGGGGUACAAAUUGGUUCGCAUACUUCAAGAUAAGGGACCCUUCGUGGCAUUGCAUCUAAGAUAUGAGAUGGACAUGUUGGCUUUCUCAGGUUGCACGCAUGGCUGCACCGUUGAAGAAGCUGAGGAGCUAAAACGAUUGAGGUAUGCAUACCCUUGGUGGAGAGAGAAAGAGAUAAUGUCUGAAGAGAGGAGACAACAAGGGUUGUGUCCUCUGACACCCGAAGAAGCGACGCUAGUUUUGCAAGCAUUAGGUUUCGAUAAGGACACUCAGAUUUACAUCGCUUCUGGUGAGAUUUUUGGCAGUGAACGGAGAUUGGCAUCGCUAAGAGCUGCAUUUCCACACAUUGUUAAAAAGGAAACAAUAUUAGAUCCUGCAGAACUGCCGCAAUUUCAGAACCAUUCAUCUCAGAUGGCGGCUUUGGACUUUAUGGUAUCGGUUGCCAGCAAUACAUUCAUUCCAACAUAUUAUGGGAACAUGGCAAAAGUUGUAGAAGGUCAUCGCAGGUAUCUUGGGUUUAAAAGAAGUAUCCUGCCUGAUCGAAAGAAACUCGUUGAAUUGCUGGAUUUGCAUCAGAACGGGACACUUCCUUGGAAUGAUUUUGCACUGGCCGUAAGGCAAGUGCAUGAGAAACGGAUGGGACAACCCUUCCGUCGUCGGAUAAUUCCAGACAAACCAAAGGAGGAAGAUUAUUUCUAUGCAAACCCUGAAGAGUGCCUUUGUGAGGGAACAAAGUGUGAAGAUUUGGUAGGCCCUAGUAACUCAAGUACACUACAUUAAUUGUGGGUGCCCAGAUCCGAACUUGGACUAAUAUAGCGUGGAUGAUGCAGCAGUCAGGCUCAGGAUUGAAUUCCCAAACCCACCCAUUUAUACAACACAUGCAUUUAAAAGAGUUUUGUAAGAAACGGCAGCUGAAAAUACCCCCAGCUCCCCUUUGUUUUGUUUUGUUUUUGCCUCUCACCUGUUGAAUUUGUAUUCAGAACUGGCACAUAAUUCCACAGUUAAAUUAACCAAUAUUUGUACAUUAA